AUGAAGAGAACAAGAGAUGAUGUUCUUCACCCUUCCCGUGGAGAACGCUAUGGACAAUCCCAAGGAGGAGAGGAGGGAGACGCCGGUGGUAAAGCGGGUCGAAGACUAACACCGAACGACGCUUCGUCAUACGUCAGGGAAGUGAAGGACGCGUUCCAAGAUCAACCGGAAAAGUACGACAUGUUCCAACAGAUUAUGAUAGAUUUCAAGUCUCAAAGGAUCGAUAGAGCAAGAGUCGUGGCAAUAGCAAAGGAACUGUUUAAAGGUAAUAACAGAUUGAUUCAUGGGUUCAAUACUUUUUUGCCGGUGGGAUGUGAAAUAGCACUGGACGAAGCACCGGUUUCGAAGAAGCCUGCCAGUUUGGAAGACGCCAUCGAUUUCAUCCACAAGCUCAAGGAAUGCUUUCGGAGCGAGGAACAUAUUUACAUAUCUUUUCAUAACAUUCUCCAUAUGUAUCAGCAUGGCAAGGAAAUCGACGCCAUCUACAAUGAGGUUGCUUGCCUUUUUGCCGGUCAUCCGGACUUAAUCGAGGCAUUCAAGAGAUUCUUGCCUGAAAACUUUCGGCAUGAGGAAGAGCUCAGCUGUAUCACCACUCGGACCUCGUGCCGAGUGCAAAUGCUAUGGACGAUUCCAAGGAGGAAUGGAGGGAGACGCCAGAGAAUCGAUAGAGCAAGAGUGGUGGCAAGAGCAAAGAAAUUAUUUGAAGGGCAUAACAGAUUGAUUCACGGGUUCAAUACUUUCUUGCCGGAGGGAUGCGAAAUAGCACCGGACGAACUACCAGUAAAGAAGAAGCCUGUCACUUACGAAGAAGCCAUCGGUUACAUGAACAAGGUCAAGGAAUGUUUACGGAACAAGGAACAUAUUUAUGAUUCGUUUAAUCACAUUCUCUAUCCGUACCGGCGCGGAAGGAAAAUCAGCAUAGUCUACAAUGAUGUAAAUGCAGUUAGACGUGCUUACUUAUGCAUGCACCAUCUCUAG